CAUCUAUCUACCCUCCCACAAACCACAAGCAAGAUCACCUAGGAACACAAAUGGAUCUGCUGCGUAGAAAAGCACCUCGCUCUCGCACGCGCCUGCCCACCCAUCGCGCGACGAUUUCCUGUAUGGACGGAGCGUCCGUCUUUACAGAACGUCACACCAACCCGACGGUGAAGUAACCUCGCAGCUGACGUUAGCGGAACUCCAUCUCAGUCAUCAACUAAUCGAGCUCCUCGCUAUUUUUGCCUUUUUGCCUUCUUAAGUUCAGUGACAGCACGAUGCAGUAGCAUUUAACAACACAAGCAACUAUGACAGCCCGCACCGUCCUUACCUCCUCCCUCCUCUCUCGCACCCAGAAAUGACGAUUCGUCCUGCUCGAUACGCGGACCUCCCAGCCAUAGCAGCAGUAUGCGCAGUCGCCCUGGAAGACGAGCUAUGGGGCGAUCUGAUGCACCCCCUCCGGGCCAAGUUUCCAACUGACUUCGCACAAUUUUGGCUACGACGUACCCGUGAGAAUUGGUGGGACUAUACACGCGUUUGGUAUGUGGCAACUACGACAGAAUACAUUGACGGGAAGGAGCAGGAGGUCGUGGCUGGCGUGGCGGAAUGGGAGCUCCGAGGCAGCGUGCAGCCGGCGAUGGCAUGGUGGGAUCCUCGCAAAGGCAUAAAACCUGCGAUGGCCCUCUAUAAUAGCCUCUCCCUCUUCAUCAGUCCCAACCGCGCCGCGAACCCACACCCCAAACUCGCCAGUCCCCUCUACGACUCCUUCCCGUUCUUUCAGCACCACUGGCGGGGCGAACGCGCCAAUACAUACUUCCUAGAUGUCUUGGGCGUGCAUCCCAAAUACCAGGGGCGUGGAUAUGGGAAAGAGCUGGUGCAAUGGGGGAUUGAGCAGGCACAAAAGCAGGAUGUUUGCGUGAGCCUGAUCUCGUUGGCCGCCGGGUACGGCUUUUACAUCUGGAUUGGGUUCGAUAAGGAGGUUGGGGUCUGUACGGAAGGGGAGGGGAAUCCGUUGGCGGAUCUGGGGAGCGGGUGGAUCUUGUUCAAGGAUCCUCUGCGCGCCAAUGAUACAGAUGAGGUGGAAGAGGACCGGAAUACAUCGGUUCGGCGACCUCUUACAGAUGGCAGUGAGUAA